GGAUUGGACUGGGCUGGGUUGGGCCAGAGUUUCAGUGAACAAGUGACAAGCGCGCGACUCGCCCACGGACUUCCCAAGCCGGAGUAACAAAAUAGAACAAUAACAAAAGCCCCAAUAACCCUAGAUAAUCCCAGGGAUUAUCGAAUAAUUUCUAAUCAAACAAGGACUAUCGAAAAACAAAAAAAAACAGAAUGGGAGGCUGUUGCUCAAAGGAUCUGGACGACAAGCGAUCGUGGAGUCCCGAGGAGACCAAGAACGGCAGCACCACAUCCACCAUCAUCGCCCAGCCCCUGGACGAGGUGGGCAGCACCGGAGUCUUCACUUUGACCCGCACCACCACCACAACCACCAAGACGGUGACCAGCAGCAGCACCACCAACAAUGACCAGGACUAGGAUUCUCCAUCAUCACUUCAAUUUAAUAAUUUCUUAUUAUUUUUUAUUUUUUAUUUUUUUUUAAAUAACAUCCCAUCCAUCGCUCGUAUAAUGAAUAUUUUUUUUUAAACUUUUUGUUGAAACGAUUUCAAUGCCAUGUGUGUUUACUCGAAAAUAAUACAGAAACCGAAACAGAAACAGAAAUUUAAAAAAAAUAAGAGUGCGAAGAGUGCGAACUGGAGACUGGAGUGUACAUACCAUAUAUACUAUAUAUAGAGUCUACAUAGACUAUAUAUAGUCUAUAUAGUCUAUAUAGUCUAUAUAGACAAUGUGAAUAUUGAAUAUGAAUCGAGUUAAGCUGUUAACGAAUAAUUAUUAAUUGUAAUUUCAUAAUAAAACUGUUGAAUCGCUA